AUCAUGCGAGCCUCGCGCGCCGAGGCUCCAUCCAUGCGGAGACAGUACAUAUAUAUCUGAGCCCUGGGACAGCCUGCCUCCGCGCUGCUGCCUCCCCGCGAGUGAGCCCCCUCCCUGCACGACGCGCUCCUGUCCUCGAGCCAACGCCGCCAACAUGGUGGAAAUCAAAUACCCUCGGUUCUAUACCACGCCCAUGGUACAGGUGGUACUCGUGGGCAUCACCUGUUUCGCGACAGUGGGCAUGUUCAGCGCUGUCUCCAACCUCGGCGCAGGAGGUACACAGAACCUGACGCUCUCCGACACGGCGAACGGCGUCCUUUACGGCCUCUUCGCCAUCACCGGUAUAGUCAGUGGCGGUAUUGCCAAUGUUCUUGGCCCCAGGAUCACGCUUUUCCUCGGUACUCUAGGCUACGCGCUCUACGUCGGUGCCCUCUGGUGCUACCAGACGCAGGGCACGUCAUGGUUCCUCAUCUUCGCGGGUGCCAUCCUCGGCAUCACUGCCGCGCUGCUGUGGUCCGCGCAGGGCUCGAUCAUGAUGUCGUACCCGCUCGAGAAAGACAAGGGCAAGGCGUUUGGUGUUUUCUGGGCCAUCUUCCAGUUUGGCUCGCUCAUCGGCGCGCUCAUUGCGCUGGCGAUCAACAUCCGCUCCGGUUCGCUUGGCGCAGUGUCGACCUCCACAUACAUCGCAUUCCUGGUCAUCAUCUUCGUCGGUGUCGCGAGCACGAUCCUCCUCCUCCCGCCGAACCAGGUGAUCCGGAGUGACGGCACGAUCGUCAAGCUCCAGGCCGCCUCUAAGCCGCACGAGGAGAUCAUCGGCAUGUGGCGCACGCUCAAGGACUGGCGCAUGAUCGCGCUGCUCCCGAUGUUCUUCGCGUCGAACUACUUCUACGCCUACCAGGGCUCAAUCAACACCGCGCGCUUCGACGCGCCGACGCGUGCGCUCAACGCGGUGCUCGAGGGUGCCGGCGCCAUUGUCGGCGCGCUCAUGAUCGGCUUCCUCGUCCUCGACGGGAAGCGCUUCGACCGCCGCACGCGCGGCUACAUCGGCCUCGCCGCCGUCGCCGUGGUCACGGUCGUCGUGUGGGUGUGCGGCCUCGCGUGGCAGGUCACGUACACGCGGCACAGCCCUGACUCCGUCCUGUACCUGAUCAACUACAAGGACGCGGCGUACAGGACCAAGGGCCCGCUGUUCUUCUUCUACUACUUCGGCGACGCGUGCUACCAGGCGCUCGCGUACUGGAUCAUGUCCGCGCUCUCGAACGACCCCUUCACCCUCGCGCGUUUCGCGGGUCUCUACAAGGCGCUGCAGAGCGCGGGCGAGGCGGGCAGCUACGGCAUGGACGCGGUGAAGACGCCCUGGCUGAACGAGCUCCUCGCGAGCUGGAUCAUAAUGCUGGUUUCGUUCCCGCUCGCGUUCCUCGUGCUCCGCACAGUGAAAGAGACGAACUACGAGGACGAGCAGGUCGUGUACGUCGAGGACGUGCGCAAGGACGGGCUGGAGCAGGGCACGCCCGAGGCGGACGCGGGCUCAAUCGAGAAGGAGGUCAUCGCCCCCGACGUCAAGUCAUAACUGCCGUCGCUCCUUCGUCGGAAUGGAACCAUCGCGUUGGAAUAGAGAACGCACGCCCCUCCCUCUCUAUACUCGGUACUAGUGCGCGGAUGGACGCAUCGCCAGUGUAGUGUAGUAUGCGGUGCAUGCGUAUGUGAUCUAUUGUCGGAUA